AAUUGCUUGUUGAAAGCUGACUGUAUGAACCCAAGUUUGAACCAGGAUUUUCCUUGCUCCCAAAGUUUAUCUGAAAGUUCCAGAAGAAACUUGAGGAUCACUAUGGGAAACAAUGCUGGAAAACGAGAUCAGAGUACUGAGAAGGUGAAGAAUCCUGAAGCAAAAGUGGAGGGAAGUGAAAAUAAAACAAGUUCCAAAGCAGUCCAACUUACUCAGGAGCCCUCAGAAGACAAUGAAGUUUUUGGAGAGGCAGAUGUGAACCAGAACAAUGGGACCUCCACUAAGAGCACAGCGGUGACAGACUCCAAGGGCACAGUAGAUCCAAAGAAUGCCUGGAAGGAGGCCAACCCAGCUGACACAACUGGUCGCCCCCAUUUGGUCCGCCUCUUUUCCCGAGAUGCCCCAGGGAGAGAAGACAACACCUUCAAAGAUCGGCCCUCUGAAUCAGAUGAGCUACAGACGAUUCAGGAAGACAGUGCAGCAGCGUCUGAGAAUUCGGAUUUGAUGGCUUCACAGAAACGCUCCUCUUUCCGGCACGGAUCCAAACUUGCAACUGCAAGUACCAUAGACCAUGCUAGACAUGGAUCCCCAAGAAGAUACAGGGAACCAGGUCUACUUGACUCACUGGGGAGAUUCUUUGGAGGUGACAGACAUGUCCCCAGGCGGGGCAAGUGCUGGUUGAGGAAGAAUGUCUUCAGUCACAGAAGUAAAGACUAUCAUCAUGCGGCCAGAGCUAGCCAUGUAGGUUCCCUGCCUCACCCAAGGUCUCAGCAUGGACGAUACGUGGACGAUAACCCAGUAGUCCACUUCUUCAAGAGCAUUGUGUCACCCAGGACAACUCCUCCUCUGCAAGCAAAGGGGAGAGGAUCCUCCUUCAGCAGAUUUAGCUGGGGUGGCGAGACUCACAAGCCUGCAUAUGGAAGUGGCAAAUACUAUGAGCAUAAAUAUGCCCACAAGGGACACAAAGGAUACUACCAUGAUGGCCAGGGCACAUUGUCCAAAAUCUUUAGACUGGGAAGCUCCGGUUCCCGACCUGGUUCCCGGUCUGGCUCUCCCAUUGCUAGGCGCUGAAGCUCUAUGAUGUCACUGAAGGGCUACGUUCUCUGCUUCAUAACAUAGCUGCCUUAAAGAUCUAAUAACAAAUUGCAGAUUCCCUAGAUAGAACACACAAUCUAUUUGUUAAAGUCAGUUGAGUUAUGCAUGCAGUAGUACACAAAAUUGUAUUGGCAUAUGCUGACCAACAGUGGAACAAAAGCAAGCAAACAACAACAACAAAAAACCCCAAACUUAUAGUGUAGCUUUUACUUGCUGUCAGCAUUAUUUUGGGGAAAUUAACAGAAUUCCCAAUAUUAUCCAUUCUUCUUCAAGGUGUUCCCAGACAAUAUAGGCCCUUAAUUUAUCAAGCUCAUACAACAUUAAGCCCCUUUCAGAGUUCUUUUUCACUAAACCUUAAGUAACAACCUAAAACUCAUUAAGAGAUCUAAAUUAACAUUACCAUUAACCUUUGAGAUUUCUGCUGUAAACGAACAAUAACAAUAAUAAAGACAUGUGCAGAAGUUGUAAGGACUGUUUAUCCAAAUUUUUUUAUUAUUUGGUUUUGGUUUUGUCACCAUUAGUUCUUUUCUGUACCAUUUUCGCUCACAAUUUUCAUUUUUAAUUUUCUUAACUGGAUUAGGCAGUCAUGGAAAGGUCUAUUAAAUUGUGAGUUCAAAGUAUGUUGAUACAUGGGAGAUGGCAGCUGGUACAGUUCAAUGAGACUGAGCAAAGAUAAGAAGGAACUUAUUCACAUCCUAAGGGAACUACUUGUACAAGGCCACUGCUCAGCACACCCCAUUGAUUAAGAAUUAAGAGUAGCUGGGAGAGAGAACAUAGGAUAUCAAACUUGAAUUAGACUAAUUUUAUGACAGAAAAUGAGGGAUAAUCCUAAAGAAAGUGUCAUCUUGGGCAUGCAAACAGUGGAUUGCCCCUGCAGCUCUAUAUAGGUAUUUGCUGCACAGUUAAGUUCUUCUGCAGCUUAAAUAAACAAGUCAAGUCUAAUUUCUAAAUGACAGAAAGCCCUUUGGUAAGGAAGUUUUAGAUAGUAACUGCACACAUGAUUUUAGCACCUCUAGCUGUUAAUGCAGCAGAGUUAAACACACAGUGCAGCAGAGCAAACUACCCUGUUGCAUUGUAGGUAACAAAUAUUAAAACUAACGAACUAGAGGUAGGUAUUAAGAGUUCACACACUAAGAUAUGCACAUGUGGAUAUGGGUCUACCAAUCUACAUGAAGAAAAAUGCUCUUCUGAAUUGCACUGGUUUAGCAUAUUCAACCUAUCCUGUCUCUAAAUGACAUUUGAUUAUGCAAUGUUUUAUUUCAGCUCAUAUGUUACAGACUAAGUUGGCACCUGCUUUUAGCUAGUUAAAGAAUAUCCAGCAUUAUCGAUGUUAAUGCCAACUGAUAUAUAGACAUUGUUGUUGUUGUUCUUAAUGAUAGAUUGCUUAUUCUGCCAUAGGUUUUGACAUUCUUAAUAUGCACCAAUGAAAGAUGAGAGGAUGGAAAAAUAAACUAAACAGAGUACCAAAACUGUCAAGCACACACACCUGUUACAUCUUCUUUCAAAAUGUUGUUGGCUAUGUGUACUUUUCUAUGUGUAGCCUCAUCCAGUUGUGUAAAUCACAACAUAAUAGUGAGUUUCAUUUAAGUGUAUUGUUCUUUAAAGUGUAUCAAUACAAC